UUUCAGUAGAAAAGAUUUCGUGAACAAUGAAGGUGUAUGUGCAAAGAGUUUAUAAGAAAAUUCAAAAAUGUUUAAAUUGGCUGCACUAUCACGUGGAGAUAUUUCUGUUGCAUUUAAUUGUUGUACAAAAAAUUCCCCGACAUGUAGCCUUCAUAAUGGAUGGGAAUCGCAGAUAUGCUAAGGAUGUGGGCAUACCACUUGCAAUGGGACAUGUUGAAGGAUUUCAGAUGAUGCAACGCAUAAUCCGAUGGCUUUACUUGCUCCAAGUUCCCGAAGUCACUGUGUAUGCCUUUAGUAUUGAAAAUUUCAAGAGACCUCAAUCCGAAAUUGCAAUCCUGUUUUCCCUGGUCAGGAAUGCAAUUCACCACAUAAAACGACACGAAGUUGAUUACAAGAAGUACAAUACGCGAGUUAAAGUGAUUGGACGACUUAACAUGCUACCUAAAGAUAUUAAGGAAUCAAUUGUCGACAUUGAAACUAAAACUAAGGAUAAUGAUGGUUUUAGGAUCAACAUUGCUGUAGCCUACACGAGUAGAGAUGAUAUUGCAGGAGGAAUAAGAAGUGUCUGUAGUGAAGUUCAGAAUAAUUUGUUAAAAUCGGAAAAUAUCAGUGUGAAGGAUAUCGAGAGGAAUAUGCUUACAAAUAACUGCAGUUUACCAGAGAUUCUCAUUAGAACAUCUGGUGAAACGAGAUUAAGUGAUUUUCUUCUAUGGGAGACAUCAAAUUCUUUGCUGUAUUUCCUGCCGAAAUACUGGCCAAAAGUAACUCUUUGGGAUGUGAUAAAAAUAUUUAUCUACUUUCAACGAAACAGUAGAUAUUUGCAUAAAAAUUCUGGCAUUGAAGUAAAAAAUAUAAUCGACGAAAAACCAUAUAUGAAAGAAGCCAAGAAAUAUAUAAAGGAUCACAACAUUAUUGCCCGAGAAAUCUACAUCCUGGACAACUUCCAGAGAUACAUUAAGAUUCAAUAAACAAAGAGAAGUGUUUAAAUUUUAAAUAAAGAUCUUGAAUUAAAAAAUA